GUCGCGACAGCGCUAGAGGUGGCGUUCUGCAUAGACUGCUUUGCAUUCUACGGCGGUAGUGCAACGCGCCACGCAAGGGCUUUUGUUGAAAGACAGGGAAAGUGGCUUAGCUGCGGCUUAUAUAUUCUGGUAUGACGCUGUAGAAGGAGACCGGUCCGGUGUCAGCUCGCGUUUUCUGCGACCCGUCCACAACACGCACGACAAGUUCGCGGAAAUCUUUGAACUUCUGGUGGAACGAAAAUAUGUCGGUCGUGAUGUCAUCAAUACGCCCGCUCCUGUUGUUCGUCCUGCUUCCCCUGGUCUCUGCCAUGCUCUCUGAGCAUUCUGACUGUGUGAUUAAGAGGGAGCAGGAGAAAUGCAUGGAGAAGAUCGCCCUCGAGGAGCCCUCAGAAGACCUGGAGUACAGGUGCCCCUGGAUGUGGGAUAAUCUCACGUGUUGGCAGUCUGCAGCUGUGGGAGAGGUGGUGGUGGUCAGCUGCCCAGAGCUGUUUGAGUUCAUGAGCCCCGAUGAUGAGUUGGGGAAGGUCAGUAGAAACUGCACAGAGGAGGGCUGGUCUGAGGCUUUUCCCCACUACUUUGAUGCCUGUCUGUUCGACGACAACGCAACCAAGCCUGACAUGUACUAUGCAUCAGUCAAAGCCCUGUACACCGUGGGCUACAGCACCUCCCUGGUGUCCCUGACGACGGCAAUGGUCAUCCUCUGCAGAUUCAGGAAACUUCACUGCACCCGGAACUUCAUCCACAUGAACCUGUUUGUGUCCUUCAUCCUGAGAGCCAUCUCAGUCUUCAUCAAGGACGGGGUUCUGUACGCCGAGGAGGACAGCAACCACUGCUUCGUGCACACGGUGGCAUGUAAGGCGGUGAUGGUGUUCUUCCACUACUGCGUCAUGUCCAACUACUUCUGGCUGUUCAUCGAGGGGCUGUACCUCUUCACCCUGCUGGUGGAGACCUUCUUCCCAGAAAGGCGAUACUUCUACUGGUACACCAUCAUCGGAUGGGGGACGCCCACGGUCUGUGUGUCCAUCUGGGCUGUUCUGAGGCUUCACUUUGAUGACUCAGGGUGCUGGGACAUGAAUGACAACACUGCCCUCUGGUGGGUGAUCAAGGGACCUGUGGUGGCCUCUAUAAUGAUAAACUUUGUCCUUUUCAUCGGGAUCAUCAUCAUCCUGGUGCAGAAGCUGCAGUCGCCCGACAUCGGAGGCAACGAGUCCAGCAUCUACUUUUGUGUACAGAAAUGCUUCUGUGAGCCAAGGCAGGGAGAGCACCACCCCUGCAAGAUGUCAGAGCUGUCCAUCAUAACACUGAGGCUGGCCCGCUCCACGCUGCUGCUCAUCCCGCUGUUCGGGAUCCACUACACCGUCUUCGCCUUCUCCCCCGAGGACGUGAGCAAGAGGGAGAGGCUGGUGUUCGAGCUGGGCCUGGGAUCCUUCCAGGGGUUUGUCGUGGCGGUCCUGUACUGCUUCCUCAAUGGAGAGUUUCUCCCUAAAGGUGCAGUCGGAGAUAAAGAGGAAAUGGCGGAGCUGGACUGUCAACCGGUACUUUGCGGUGGACCUGAAGCACCGCCACCCGUCCCUGGCCAGCAGUGGGGUGAACGGGGGGACGCAGCUGUCCAUACUCAGCAAGAGCAGCUCGCAAGUCCGUAUGUCCGGCCUGCAGGCCGAGAGCCUGAACCUGAAUCUGCCGUCCUGAGUGUGUGAACGCCUGGGUCUCCUACUGCUCUGCCCCCCGAACAACAACAACAACAACAACCACAACAACAACCUGAACCUGAAUCUGCCCCCCUAACAACAACAACAACAACCACAACAAAAACCUGAACCUGAAUCUACCCUCCUGAGUGUGUGAACUCCUGGGUCUGCCCUCUUAACAACAACAACAACAACAACAACAACCAGAACCUGAACCUGAAUCUGCCCCCCUAACAACAACAACCACAACAACCACAACCUGAACAUGAACCUGAAUCUGCCGCCCUCCUAAGAACAACAAGAACCACAACAACAACCUGAACCUGAAUCUGCCCCCCUAACAACCACAACAACAACCUGAACCUGAACCAGAACCUGAAUCUGCCCUCCCGAGUGUGUGAACGCCUGGGUCUCCUACUGCUCUGCCCCCUGAACAAAAACAACAACAACCACAACAAAAACCUGAACCUGAACCUGAAUCUGCCCUCCUAACAACAACAACCACAACAACCACAACAACAACCUGAACCUGAACCAGAACCUGAAUCUGCCCCCUUGAGUGUGUGAACGCCUGGGUCUCCUACUGCUCUGCCCUCCUAACAACAACAACAACAACAACAACAACAACAACCAGAACCAGAACCUGACCAAAACUCCUGUACAGGAGUGCCCAACAUCUUGCCCUCAUAGAACCUCUGGCAUAGGGGACACAUGAGACAAAUUACUUAAAAAAUAAAUGAAAAACCAACGGAGCAACUUGAUGGCUCAGAUAUUGUUCCUGUACAUACCAUGCCGUGCUGUAUAUUUUGUCCUGAAUUUUAUGGGGAAUAAGAAAACAAAAAAAAGUUCCUGGUCAGGUUGCUGCUUUCAUGUGUUCUUGAGUUGAGGCUGUAGAAAGUGCAUUUAAAAAAAAAAGCUUUUCUGUCUUGUUAUUUUUGCCCAGCUCAAGCAUCACCUUGCUGUCAGAUUGUAAUGGGCAGCCAGCAUCUUCUGCAAGCUCUGUCUGAGGAAGGAGAAACCGCUUCUUCUGUUUGGGUCAGGGGACAGCUGUUGGCAGAUACCGUGGACCAGACGCAAUGUUACUUGCAGUACUGGGGACAUGUUUGAAAGACAAGAAAUUUAGACUAUGUGACAAUCAUGAACCUGAAACCCCUGUUUGCCAACAACCAGUGAAAAUAUUCACAUUCCUUAUGUUUGUGAAACAUUAUUAAAAUACACACAAUUUAAAGGUAGCCUACAACUAUGAUUCUAGAGCUGAGCGUAAUAUUUGUCGACGCUAAAGCAUUUGCGACCAUUCCGUUCAUUUGUAGUUUAAUCGGGUGUUGUUAUGUCCCUGAUGUAUUUGGAAACAUCUUCAAUGAGCAAAUGAAAUGGCAUUCAGGCCUGUGUAAGCUUUUGUCUUUUACUAUUGUAAACUUUAUAGUUUUAGACAGCCGAUAGUACAAAAUAUGUCAAAUAUGAAAAAACCUCAUGGAAGAUUUAUUACUCGCAUAACUCAUUAUUAUUAUUAUUAUUAUUAUUAUUAUUAUUAUUAUUAUUAUUAUUGCUGGAAUGUAUUAUGCAUUUCCAUACAAUUAUUGUGAUGCUCUGAGUUGUAAAUGAAAAUGUAAGUAUAUAUAUAUACAUAUACUGGAGUCCAAAUCUGUAGAGUCCAACAUUGGAAGCAAACUUUUGAAAAUGCUCUCAUUUAUGUAUAUGAAUAAAUGUAUUAAGAUGUA